AUGGCGAAAGAACGCACCGAGAAGUCCGGCUUCAUCGUCGGCUUGAACAAAGGCCAUAAAGUCACGGUCUUGACUCCCAAACCGCGCAUCUCCCGCCGCAAGGGUGCCCUCUCCAAACGCACGGCCUUUGUCCGCGAAAUCGUCAAGGAAGUCGCCGGCCUGGCUCCCUACGAACGCCGAGUCAUCGAACUGCUCCGGAACAGCAAGGACAAGCGCGCAAGAAAGCUGGCCAAGAAGAGAGUACGUUUUCUGCCUUAA